GCACACGCACAGCCACCCCCCUCCUUUCUCGCUCUACCCCCUCUACUUUUGUUUACUCUUUCUCUCUCUCUCUCUCUCUCUCUCUCUCUCUCCCCGGCCCCAAAUUUCUUAUUUUUGUUAGAAAUUCCAAGGGAAGAACAUUUUCGCGAAGGCGAAAGCGUAAACGGCGACGAGAAGCAGAGAUCUGCUGCGGGCCGGAGAAGCCGAAAAGGGCCGCUUCUCUCCAGCUAGGGUUGCUGUUCCCGCCCUUAUCGACCGAUAUAUUGCGGGGGGGAUCCUGCUUCCUGAAUCUGAGCCUUUUUGGAGCGAGAUUUUGGGGUUUAGAUUCGGCUUUUUGGGUUUUUUGUUCUUUUUUUAGGGUGAAGAUUGGUUUUUGGGGCCGGUGGCGUUGGAUUUGGUGGGUUUUCGAGCGCUGGGGCGAAGAAAGGCGGGAUUUUUAUUGUGCGGAUUGGCUUUUGAAUCGUUUCCGGUUGUAAAGAUCUCAUCUUGUGUAGAUGACAUGUUCGAUGGAAUGCCCGCGUCGGUCGAAUCGCCGAAAUGAAUCAAGUUCCGGUUUUUGCAUAGUUUUGUAUGAAUAACUCACGACCAGCUGCGCCUUCGUGAUAGAGAGAGUAUGGAGGGAUUCACGCCUUUGGAUUGCGGGGCUAUGGAGAGCCCGGUUUUGGAGGACCCAUUCACCUUCUCGGCUCUCAUGAACUACGACGGCUAUUCGGAGAUCUAUAGUCCUGCAAUCGCCGACCAGAUCUUCUCAGCUCUGACCUACUCGGCAGCUCAGGAUGUACCGGCAAUUUGGCCCUCUUUUGCUUCGCCCGAUUCUGCAGUACAAGGUAGAGAUGUUGCUAUCGGAAAUGCGAACAGCUCUUCCACUGCUUAUUCUGGCUGCAGGGAUAAUAUGGGACCCCAGAAGAGUAAUUCCCAUUUCGGGCUUUCUGCGAAUUCGCCAUUUGUGGAUACUAGCUCUGUUCCUAGAACUAUAGCUGGUGGUUCGCUUCCUGAGAAGAUGCUUACGGCACUGUCGUUGUUUAAGAAAUCAUCAGGCGGCGGAAUUCUCGCCCAAGUUUGGAUGCCGAUCAAACAAGGCGAUAAUCACGUGUUGAGCACCUGCGAGCAGCCCUUCCUGCUCGAUCAGAUUCUCGCUGGGUAUCGAGAAGUUUCUAGACAAUUUACUUUCUCAGCAAAGGAAGCACCGGGCAUGUUCCCUGGGCUUCCCGGGAGGGUAUUUAUGUCCGGCAUGCCGGAGUGGACCUCGAAUGUGCUCUAUUAUGAUGGGUUUGAGUACUUGAGGAUGGAAUAUGCGCUCACUCAUCGUGUCCGCGGAUCUCUAGCCAUGCCGGUUUUUGAUUCUAAGGAAGGCUCGUGUUGCGCCGUGCUGGAGCUCGUGACGAUGUCGGAGAAGCCUGAUUUCGAUGCGGAGAUGGACAGUGUUUGUAACGCUUUGGAGGAGGUAAACUUGCGGACUGUGAAAGCCCGACCUCUUCUCCAGAACCUCACAAAGAAUCAGAAAUCUGCAGUCACCGAAAUACUAGAUAUUCUUAGAGUCGUUUGCCAUGCACACAUGCUUCCUUUGGCAAUAACGUGGAUUCCUAUUUCCUCUGAUGUUGGAAAUUCAGAAGUUUUCGUUAAAGCUAAUGGUCGACAAAUUAAUUCAGAUUCGAGGAACAAAAAUAUGCUCUGCAUCCAAGAAUCUGCCUGUUACGUAAAUGAUCUGAAAAUGCAGGGUUUUCUUCAUGCUUGUGCUGAACACCGCCUCGAGAAAGGAAAGGGCAUUGCUGGAAAAGCACUUCAAUCAAAUCAGCCCUUUUUCUGCUCUGAUGUGAAAGCAUGUAAUAUUCGCGAAUACCCACUUGCGCAUCAUGCUCGAAAAUUCAAUCUCGGGGCUGCUGUGGCGAUUAGGCUAAGGAGUACAUACACCGGUGAUGAUGAUUAUAUAUUGGAGUUUUUUCUCCCAGUUAAUCACAAAAGUAGUGAAGAGCAGCAGCUUUUACUAAAUAACCUGUCUAGCACAAUGCAGAAACUUUGUAGGAGUUUGAGAACUAUCUCAGAUGCUGAAUUAGCUGGAAUUGAUGCCCAUGAAGACCACAUCCAUAAGGGAAAAUAUGACCCAGCAGUAAAGACUCCCUUCGAAGAUCAGAAUAUUCCGCCUGAUGAACGAGGAGGAGAUGUACAGCCUGAGAAGUUAAAGUCUAGCUUGAUGAGACAUGCCGAGAAAAAACGCAGUUUAGCUGAGAAAAAUAUUAGCUUAAGUGUGCUUCAGCAAUACUUCUCUGGGAGUCUGAAAGACGCCGCAAAGAGCAUUGGUGUUUGUCCGACUACCCUGAAACGGAUAUGCAGGCAACAUGGUAUCUCAAGAUGGCCUUCCCGCAAAAUAAACAAGGUAAACCGCUCUCUUAAGAAAAUACAAAAAGUUAUAAACUCGGUCCAAGGAGUCGAAGGAUCUUUGAAGUAUGACCCCGCCACGGGAUGCCUUGUAGCCGCCGUCUCCCCAACUCAAAACCCGCCCUUGAAAACCAUCGCACCUCCAAGCUGUGAUUCCGUGCUUGCAGCUUCUUCUCGCAACAAUGAACCCGAACUUUCGGUUCUGAAAUUGGAACACGACUGCUCUCACAACAAUGACCACGAAAAGGGUGAAUUUGGUCUUCUUGUGGAGAACCGCGAAGAAAGUUGCAGAACUACCCCUCCUGAUUCAGGGAUAUUGCAGUAUGCAAAUUCUGGAGGCAUGUCAAGAUUGCCGCUAUUUUCCGGAGGUGUCUUAAGUGAUUCACAUGUUACUAAAGAAAUAGGUUGUCCCGAGGUUCCUCACAAAAUAGAUUAUAAUGACGACGGGAUUGUGGAACACAGCAAUCCUUCUUCCUCCAAAAUAGAUUAUAAUGACGACGGGAUUGUGGAACACAGCAAUCCUUCUUCCUCCAGCAUGACGGAUUCUUCCAGCGGCAGCGCGUCGAGCCACCCGACUUUCAAGAAAAAACCCAAAAGUGCAUCUUUAAACGAAAACAGCCCUACCAUCACCGUAAAGGCUAUAUAUAAGAACGACAUGGUGAGGUUCAAAUUCUUACCGUCCGGCGGUUACCAGCAACUUCUCGAGGAAAUAGCGAAGAGAUUCAAAUUGUUAAAUGGAACUUUUCAGCUCAAGUACAGAGACGAUGAGGAAGAAUGGGUGAUCUUAGCAAGCGACUCAGAUUUGCAGGAGUGUUUAGAGGUAUUGGAAAAUAUUGAGUCGCGAAGAGUAAAAGUUCUAGUUCGAGAUAUUCCGUGUGUUGUGGGCAGCUCGCCCAGUAGCAGCUGCUUGUUAAUGGAACAGUAAGUUUCUCAGAUGUUGUCGAAAGUCCUUUUCGGUCGCUGUAGAAGUAGAACGGGGUUGGAGGAGUAAGAAAGAAGGAUAUACUUCAUAAUAGUUUGUAACAUACUGUAGACAGAUGUAGGAAGAGGUUAUCAUGGUGCUGUUUAAGAGGGUUGUAGUCAAUCUGCUUUGUUUUUGUACACGGUAAUGGCUUAGAGUCUUCUGUACAUAGUUACAACCAAGUAUUUUACAUAGUAUAAUAUCUUUCUUUCAUCAUUUGAUAGUAA